AUGAAGAAGCAAAACGUCCGGACCCUAUCGUUGAUCGUCUUCACGUUCACCUACCUCCUCGUCGGCGCUGCAAUCUUCGACGUUCUCGAGUCCGAGACGGAGAAACGACGCAAGGAAGCAUUGGACGCCAUUGAAAAGAUGGUUAUACGCAAGUAUAAUAUAAGCGAGGACGACUUCAAGAUCAUGGAAACAGUGGUGCUGAAGACGGAACCUCACAAAGCCGGUCAACAGUGGAAAUUCGCCGGAGCGUUAUACUACGCGAUCACGGUCCUCACCACUAUCGGUUACGGACAUUCGACGCCGAACACCAUAAGCGGUAAAUUGUUCACGAUGUUCUACGCGAUCGUCGGUAUCCCGUUAGGACUCGUAAUGUUCCAGAGCAUAGGAGAGCGUCUGAAUAAGUUCUCGUCCGUCGUUAUACGGAACGUAAAGAAGCUUCUUAACUGUAAGGAUGUCCAGGCCUCAGAAAUAAAUCUUAUCUGCGUGGUGACGACCUUAUCUUGCUUAACGAUUGCGGGAGGUGCCGCGGCGUUCUCUCGGUACGAAGGAUGGUCGUACUUCGACUCCAUCUACUACUGUUUCAUCACCCUGACGACCAUCGGCUUCGGCGACAUGGUCGCGCUGCAGAAGGACAACGCGCUGGACAACAAGCCGGAAUACGUGUUGUUCGCCCUGAUAUUCAUUUUGUUCGGCUUGGCUAUCGUCGCCGCCUCCCUCAAUUUAUUGGUGCUGAGAUUUGUCACUAUGAAUACGGAGGACGAAAGGCGAGACGAGGCCGAGGCUCUACAG